AUGGUGGAAUGCAUAGCUGAUGGAUGCGAGCUUCCUCUGCGUAGGAAGGACUCCACGCAGGGCUGCCUGCACUACGGUGUGAGCUGUCUCGCCUGCCGUGCUGAAAUGCAAAAGUGCCAUCUCGAGACGCACUGGCGGACCAAGUGUCCCGACCGUGAGAUUACGUGUGAGCUUUGCAAGAGCAAGGUCUACUACCGGGACUUAGCCGAGCACAAUUCGCGAAAAUGCCAUGCUAUCGGUAUACGGUGUCCCGGAGAGGCUUUGGGAUGCACAGUGAAAAACAAAAGAGGGCAAGCAGAGAUUCAUGCUGAAUCAUGUGUCUUUGCCAAGUUGGCACCUCUGUUCGCAGCGCAGAACCAGAGGAUGGACGAGCAGGAGGCAGCUCAGAAGCAAAUGAGCCGCAAGCUGGAAGUGCUGGAGAACGGCUUUGCUUCCAUGCACAGUAUGUUGUAUCCAAAACCUGCCGAAGACCCGGAUCAGACGAGUGCAGAUCCAAGCUCCAUACCCUUGCUCCAUGGACACGGCAGUGAAGAUGAAGAGUCUGAGGAUGAAGCUGGCAACAUCGAACUUGGCUUCGCACCAAUUGAAUCCUUUAGCCCCAGGAGCCGUUCGAUUCGACGCCCUACAUCUGAGAGACCGAAUCGAGCAGCGUCUGAAGUACCUGGCCCGCGCCCAGCCGACAUUCCCGAGCCUUUCAGCCCUGACUUUGACCUUGCCUCUCCAUUCCCACCUCCGGCCACGAACGGACCCUAUGCUUCACCACUCCAUCAUAUGCUGUCGAUGCACGAAAGUCUUCGAGACGAGAUGUCGCGCGUCAAUUCGGCAUUGCAGGAACUCGAUGGCCGACAUUCGAUGCAGAUCAUCAAUGAGAACAUGCGCACACGGGAGGAGAUCACAUACAUGGGUGCACAGGUUGCUGGGUUAAGUCGACAGGUGCACUGGCUUACGUCAGCCCAACUGCAGCGUCAGAGUCGGACGCCUACACCUGGCGCUGCCGGUACUGGUGAUUUGGCCACGGCCGGUCCUAGCGUUGAGGCGGCUAUCAACUCCGCCGUACGAGGAGCCGCACGAAUGGUAGGCGCUGGAAGUCAGAGCGUGCCUGCAAUGAGACGAGGCCCGAGUGAAGAAGGCCGAACGAAGUUAUGA